AUAUGAUCUUACGAUGUUCCAUUGGUUCACGUCCUCUGGUGCUUUUUCUCCGCCCUUUGUUUCUUUUAUCAUUUGUCAAUCUACUACCUUGAAAGGUCGAAGAUUCUGCUUCCGGAGGUUCGUGGGUUCUGCUUUUCUGCUCAGGGGUCGGCUUUUCUGCCUGUUUUUGUUUAUUUUUGUUUUGAUUUUCUCAGUCGUUUUAAGAUUUAUAAUUAUGGCUUUUUUGUUAUUGUUUUUUGUUACUGUUCCCGAUUUAUGACUUAUGACUUAUGACUUAUACGACUUAUGUUUCCGAUGACUCGAUUCCAUUUUGAGCCGUCAGCCCCGGUUGUCCGACACCCUUUUUAUAAUCUACCAACACCUCAUCAGUCACCUUCAAAGACCUUCCAAGGAGACUGAUUCCUCCUAAGCCAACCAAUUCCUCCAAUCAAAUCGACCAUAGAACCAUCGGCUCAACUAAACCCGAAGCCAAGGGUCACGCAAGCCACCAGCUAGGCAGUCGUGCUUUUCAGCCACUGACCUAUGUAUCACUGUAGCAGCAUCGGCUCAACUAAACCCGAAGGCUAGGGUCUUGAGAGCCAUGGUCACGCAAGUCCAUACGUAGAUAUAGCGAAUGAGUCGGCAGAAUACAGCGAAUGAGGCACCAGAAAUAAUAGUCACGAUUCUUUCCGGCGAAUAUAAGCCACGGUUGAUUUAAGCCACGUGUCAUGUGAUGUGUCAUGUGCCACGGCUAUUCUCAUGAAAUACAGUGAAACCAUUGAAACAACACCCAAGGCAGGGGAUCGGAACAACAAAACCGGUAUCGAAUGUUGCCCACACACCAACUGUCCCAUUUCCCAACAAGCACUUCAUUCCCAAAUCGUAAGCAAGCAUGUCCAAUCCAAAGCGGCCAACAAGGCCAAUGUAUUUUGUUGGUCCUUUUGACAUCAUUGCAGUGACCGGGAACGAACUUGAGCCUGGUAAAUCAUUCGGAAUGUUCAACUAUCUUUCAUCUAUUGUUGUGAUGGAUCGAAAGGCAGGCGAAACGGCGAUCGGAGUGGAAUUCUCGGGCUACGCCUCCAGGGCAACGUCUUUGGUCAGAGACAAUGUCUACUUUACUGUAGGCCGGAUCGUGCGGAGCACCAAGGGCGGGGGUUACCAGUGCUUCUUUGAAAGCAACUUGAGUCUAUUCAUAGGUAACACCCGCCAGUACCGGAAAACCGAUCCUAUCCAUCCCGAAAUAGACCUCGGCUCCGAGCUUCUUGGAAAAGUGUGGGUCUUUGGGUUCGGGACCAUUAUCAAGACUCAUAAAGCCCCGGGUGUUGGCCUGAACAACACGCCGCAAACUGAUUUGCACGUGACAAUGAGGCAUUAUGAUUACCACAAUGCGAGAAAGUCCAACGUCGAAUUUGAGGCUGUCUACAUUGUACCCGGGAACAAAAUACUCGGAAACACCUUUGGCUUCUUUACUGUGGAUACUGAGGCGCUGAUGAUAGGCAAUGUCACCGGGUUCAAUGAUGUUCUUGGGACCUGGGAAGUUAUGAUCUACCUGUUCUCCACGGCUUCGGGAAGGUCAUCUUACCGUGCCCCACCUACUCCGUCCGGCUCCGGUACCAGCGGGCAGCUUCGACCUGGCCUACGAUUGAUUGGUGGAGUGGGUGCAGUAAGCCCCUCUGCUGCAAGCAAGUCACCAGUACCGUCCCAGGAGUUCAAAACUCCUGGUAGCAGCUCGGUGGGUCGUCCUAGCUUGGCCGGUCCGCCUUUCAGUCCGUCCGUUUUCCCCACCCCGACCCCUUCUACCAGCCAACCGGCCGAAGAUGAAGUAUCCGACGGUGAGAUAUUCGAGGAAAGACCAGUUCCCGAGGACGAGGAUGACCAACACUUUGUCAACACGACAAAGAAGGGUAAGCGGGUUGUGAGAACCGGCUCCAAGAGCACUGCUAGCGCCAAUUCCGGGUCGCCAUCCCUGACCGAUGCUCAAAAAAAGGCAAAAACCCUUGCAUAAUUCCCAAUGUAUUGAAUCAUGCUGUUGCCCUGUUUUAUGCCUGCUUGCAAAUACAUUACUGUCAUUUCGUGCUCCUAUUGAAAUUCGAUCAUUACUGUCAUUUCGUGCUCUUUUUGAAAUUCGAUGUGUCCCUUCCAAGUACUUAUCACAAUUAGUUAUGUUCUAUGUUGAGAUUCCCCUCCGCUCUCCAAGUAAACAACAGUCUUAUAAUACCCUAACAAA